AUGGAAAUGCAGUUUCAAUUUCUUAUCUAUACACUUUUGUUUCUGAGAAUGGAGGCAAUGGAGGGAGUUGAUCUCAUCGGAGUUGGAGAUGAACUCGGUCUCAACCAAACCUUGACCUCUAAAAAUGGAGUCUUUAAGAUGGGUUUCUGGCGCCCUUCAGGAUUGGGAAAAUACUAUUUGAGCAUCUGGUACGCUGCCAUUCCUUUGGAUGAGAGGGCUGUAAUAUGGACAGCGCACAACCCAUGCGCUAAACACUUAUGCAGCCUGGAGCUCUGUCCUAACAGCGGUUUGGUUAUCCAUGGAACAACCUGGAGGAGCUCUGCAAAUAUAACAGGGGUCAAUAUCGCAAAGCUUACAGGCACAGGCAACUUGAUUGUGUUGGGAACAAAUGGAAGUACAAUUUGGGAGUCUUUUGAGCACCCAACAAAUAUUCUUGUUCCAGGCCAAAAACUGAAACCUGGGCAAAAGCUCCAUUCCUGGAUUUCUAGGACGGAUCCUGGGGGUGGCUCUUAUUCAAUUCGAGUACUUAAGGGACAAGGAAUGUUUUUGUACUAUAAUACAUCUCCUAAAUAUGCAAUAAGAACAGAUGGGUUGCCUGGAGAUGUGUAUGGUGAGCUCCUAGAGAACAGGAGGUGCAAUCUUCUUGUUGCCCAUGGCGUCGAUCAUCGCAUUGUCGCAUUUCGUGACAUUCUCAAUACAGCAGAUGCCUCCGCGCCCGCCAGGAUACAUUUUGAUUGUCUCGGAGAUCUUAAGCUUGAGAUCUGGAACAAUGAUUCGUGGUUUUAUUCCUGGAAUCAAACAUUAAUUAUUUCUCCUGAGAGAAAAUCCCCUGCCCCUGCCCCUGCUUCUUCCCCUGUUCCUCUCUCUGCAGCUCCCCCACCGGGCAAGAGCAAAGGGGCAUCAAAACACUUUCUCAUUCCCACCAUAAUCUGUAUUGUGGGUUUUUGUGCAGUGAUUAUAGUUUUAUGGUCCGUGAGGAGGAAAUGCAGAACAAGAUUGAAGGGCUUAAGAAAUGUUGGAUCUGCUGCUCCUACCAGGUUUGAUUACAAGUUUCUGAAAAUGGCCACAAAUAAUUUCAAAGAAGAGCUCGGACGCGGCGCUUCGGCUCCGUUUACAAAGGCAUUCUGGAAGACAACAAUCUUGUUGCAGUGA